AUGGCGAACCCGUUCGCCCCGGCGGGGGGCUCUCCGUUUGGCGCGGCGCAGCCGGCGUCCCCUUUCGGCGCCACGUCCGCCUUCGGCGCGUCCGCAACUCCGGCCAGUCCGUUCGGCCAGGCGGGCACAUCACUCUUCGGCGGGGGGGCGGCGACAGGAAGCGUGUUCGGCGCGACUUCUGCGCCCGCCUUCGGCGCGACGUCCGCGCCUGCUUUCGGCGCAGCGGCGUCGACUCCCGCGUUUGGGUCCACGGCUUCACCUUUUGGCGGCGGUAAGCGGUGUUGGGCUGCAUUAAACGGCUCGUCGCUGUUCGGGCAGCAGCAGAAGCCAGCAGCGUUCGGCACGUUUGGGCAAACCCAGGCCAGUCCCUUCGGAGCGCCCGCGUUCGGCCAGCAGUCGCAGCCGGCGUUCGGAGCAGGCGGGGCGUUCGGCUCUACCGCCACCACGCCUACCUUCGGCGCCGCCACUGGCGCCGCGCCCGCGUUCGGCGCCGCCGCUCCCGCCUUCGGCGCGUCCGCGCCCGCGUUCGGCGCGACGGCGACGACGCCCGCGUUCGGCGCGGCGAGCGCGCCGGCGUUCGGGGCGACGGGGGGGCUGUUCGGGUCGACUGGCACGUCCGCUUUCGGGGCUGCGUCCGCGCCUGCUUUCGGCAGCCUCUCUUCGCCCAGCUUCGGAGCAUCAGCGCCUGCGUUCGGAGCAACCACAUUCGGAGCCACACCCUUCGGAGCAGCAGCAGCAGGAGGCACAGGCAGCAGAAACCCCGCCUACACGCCCACCAACGACACAGAAACCGGCACGGCAGGCCAGCUCGGCAAGUUCAUCUCCAUAUCAGCCAUGCCAGCCUAUAAAAACAAGAGCCCGGAGGAGCUCCGGUGGGAGGAUUACCAGAGGGGGGACAAGGGCGGGCCAGCACCAGCACAGGCAGGCGGAGGCCUCUUCGGCCAGCCAGCAGCAGCGGCUUCCCCAUUUGGUGCAGCUGCUGCUUCUCCUGGGUUUGGUUCCACAGCUGCAAACCCGUUCGGCCAGGCGUCCACGCCAAGCCUGUUCGGCUCGGCAGCUCCUGCGUUUGGUGCAGCCGCGCCUGGCGCCACGCCCGCGUUCGGCGCGUCAACUUCCCCUUCGCUCUUCGGCUCGUCCACUCCAGCCUUCGGCGCUGCGUCCUCCCCGGCAUUCGGAGCCACGGGAGGGUCGCUGUUCGGCGCUGCUGGCGCCACUGCGAGCAGCCCGUUCGGAGCAGCAGCAUCAACCCCGUCGCUCUUCGGAUCACCUGCUGCCGCCACCGCCUCCCCCUUUGGCGCGUCCACCGGCACGUCUCUCUUCGGAGCGACCUCACCUUUGGGGCAAGCAGGGGCGGCGGGACAGCCGGGGGCGUCACUCUUUGGCGCCUCUUCCCCUGCCUUUGGGACCCCAGGCGCGUUUGGGACCCCCGGCGCUGCUGCUGCUACUCCGGCGUUUGGUGCCACGCCGUCACUGUUUGGGACCGGAGCAGCAACGGGAGGGGGGCUGUUUGGGAGCUCCACGCCUGCUGCUGGCUCCACUGGGCUUGGGUUUGGGUUUGGCUCAGCCGGAGCUGCUGGUUCAGCGCCAGGGUUUGGUGCGGCAGGAGGGUCGCUGUUUGGAGGGGCGGCAGGAGCGGGCGGCACGACUGGAGCGGGGUUGUUUGGCGCAUCCACUGGAUCUGCGUUUGGGUUUGGAGGAGCGUUUCAGACCAAGCCGGCUGGACUUACUCAGUCUUCGGCGUUCCCCUCGUUCGGAGGGCUCGGAGCAUCCACAGCCACGCCUGGCUUCGGAGCAUCGCAGCCGUCCUUCGGUGGUGGGCUAUUCGGCUCCACCCCUCAGCUCGGCUCCUCUGCCUUCGGCGCCUC